CUGGUUCACUUCCAUCACAACACCUGAGUCUCAACAUUCAGAGGGAAUCAUGCUUCGGGUUGAUAGAGCGGACAUGGAGCUGCACUCUCCAGUCCCCAAUCAGGGGCAAGGGUUAGAGCAGGGAGAUGGAGCCAUAGGGGCCAGGGUGGAUCAAGGCUUAGCAUGGGACAACAUCACGCCAUUUUGGGGGGCACGAUCAGACGCAGGUAGGGAUGAUCCAGCAAGCUCUAAUGCAACCCCAGGAGUUUCCCUUCAGUCCCAUCCUCCACAGGGAGGGGUAAGACAGGGAAAUCAGGCAGGAAGAGGCAGGGGACAGGGGGCAGGACAGGGUAGAUCUGCAGGUCCCUGGAACAAACCAGCAGGCCCCGGGGGAUGGUCGGACAAUGUUCGAGGCAGGGGUAAGAAUCAACGGCCAGUCACCCCCCAGUGCGAGUGGUGGCCGGUUGACAGUGACUCGGAUAGUGACAUGGACGAAGAGGAAGUAGCUGGUCACAAUGGAAUGAUGAUAGAGCAGGACGAUUCGGUGGCCAGUAAAACGAGCACGGAAAUAGUGGAAGAAGUCAGAACUUUGUUAGAUAAAUGUUUUGACAGACUUGUCAUUCCGGACAUGUCAAAAUUCGCUUCUUUCAAACGAGAAGGGGAUACAGUUACUAUGACGGUCUCCUCCAUCGUGGAACAAGCUCAGAAAGAUUGGAUGAGGGACCACGCCGUAGUAGUUUUUUUUCAGGGCACAUUCAAGUCGGUAUCAACAAAGAGAAAAGAGCAAUGCAUGAGGAAAUUUGAGGACUCUAUCUUAUCCCAAAGUCUGCACCACAAAGAGAGGGGGAGGGUACAUCAGGAGGGUAGGAACGUAAUGUCUUACUUCCCCCGAGACAGGAAAUGUAUAGAGUUACUGCUGAAUAUUAAGAGUCACAAGUUGAAGAUUGAUGGCACGACCUAUAAGCUCACAUUCCAAAAAUGGAUGUUUCCUGACGAGAUUCAGACGACCAAAGUCGAGGAUGAGGGGCCUCCCGUCCAUUUCCUCGCUGUUGCCGAGUACGCAAGGGAUCUGCUUCCUCCGUCCCAGGAUAUCAGGGACCGCAUUAGUUGGAUGGUCAGGUUCGAGCAGCUGCAGGAGGGGUCAGGCUGGGUGAUCCUCACAGUUUUCGGUAUCAUGUUGGGCUCCUUCGGCGACUCCAUGAAGAGAAACGAGUUGUGGUGUGCCGUGGCUGUCUUCAUGUUGGAGGCGCUGCUGAAGUUUUUCCGGUCGUUCGUGUACAAWCACUACACAAAAGGCGUUCCUUGCGCGUUUGUCGUCAUGCAGCUGAUCGAGAAAYACGACCACGAAUGGUACCUGAUGGYUGUCUGGUCUUUGCGGUUUGUGGGACUCCURGGCCAGCUAGGCCUAUCCAUCGCGCUAGCGAUCAACAACCGCCACAAGCAUCGCACGAGACUGUACGAGCUGUUCGAGCUCGGUUACAGUGUCCUGCUCUGGCAGGCUCUCCUCUCCAUCGUCAUCGCAGGGAUCAACCUCCUGAGCGCCGCGGUGCGACAACCAUCGCCGGAGCUGCAGGAGAACGCAAUGGGCGGGUUGCUCCACCUCUCCCAUUACCACGGAAUCAAGGAGUUGGUCUUCUCUGGGAAAGAGGGCAAAACCCGCAUCGAGCAMGUGGUACAAAUGGCCGCCAACGCCUUGACAAACAACACCUGUCUGUAUGCGCUGUACCUUCUGGGGGUCAUCGUGUUCCCGGCCCGRGGGUAUGCCAGUUAUCAGCACCUUGACUCCGUGAGGAGCUUCGAGGAGCUUGACAGAUGGGCUGCAGGCCCGACGCAGAGGCCCCGGCGUCGCCGAGAGUCGCUGGACAUCAACGGYGGCGUCCASCGGCUGUGGAUCCAGCCCGCCCGCGCCUGCUUUCGAGAGUCGAGAGCGCUUCCCGAGCUGAUUAAUCUGGCGCUGUCGCAGGGAAGCUCUCGCGAUUCCAAGGAGUUGAUUGCUUUCGUGCUGGCAUCCUACUACGUCCUGGGAGCCGACAACCUGUUCCCCUUCGAGAUCAAGGAGCUGACGCGCUUCCUGCAGGUAAGAUACUACACGUCGCCUCACGAGCUCCACUACACGGCGAUGUUGAUGUGCGACCUCAUCUUGUCCUUUCUUUACCGUCUUCGUGAACAUCCUAUACCCGGCAAGGAUUACGUGACGUACCUUGCUAACGAUUGCCGCGUGGAGCUAUACACAGAUCUUGUCCGCCUUCAGCUGGAAUCCUGGGGCGGAGCUACGUUCACCGUCAACGCCAGAGCCACUGUUAUCGGACGAACUGCCACGUGGCAGCAGUUCGCCGUUCCCUUGUCUAAGGACGGCCACACUUGUCCUGGUGUAGAGCGGGUGUUCCGAGCUCCCGCGAGAUUGAUGGCUUACGUUCUCGCUCAUCACUAUGAUCUUCUCAGAGAUGAGAUUCGCGAUGUGUACGAGGACGACAUGCGAACCGGGAGAUCGCCAGACAUUAACGACGAGGAGAAGAACGAGCUGUAUUUGGCGGGAACCACCGUCGCCGCAUUUGGGUUGGCCGGACUAGUCACCAGCGGGGAAUCGAAAAGGACCAAAUGCAAUGCAUGUACUGCACUGCAAUGUAUGGCUGUCGAUGCUGAGCUCGACCUGUUCCCUUACGUCCUUGGGGCGUGCAGAUGGCACCAGAGGUACAACCGCCUCAUCGACACACGUGGGGUUGAAGAACACCCCCCCCUGCACGAGCUUCGAGAAAGGCUCCUAGUGCGGGAGAACCUGGCUUUUGGUAUCACACACUAACAAGGGCGGGUGAAUGUACCUGGCUACACCACUCUCCACAUGCACAAAAGUGAAAAAAAUUGGCAAUGUAAUGUAUCU